AAAUGUAGAUCAAUCCAUGUAUAACGUUGUCUUACUAUUGCUCCAGCGUCAUGCCCCGCCCCCUUUGUUGUGUCCUCCUGUCUCGUCAGAUUGAAGGAGGAGGACAGGGAGGACGGGUCACACUAGCACCUCAAAUCUUAUACUGGAUUUACCUGACUCCACCUGUCGCGAGAGCUGAGUCAUUUAGUGUCCGUGUUGGUAGAGAAUGAUAACAAUACGCUCUGACACAGGACGACACGAGACACAAGCAGAGGACCGAGACCUAGCUGCUAUUUAAAACGAGUGUUGCAUGAAAUUACCACCCCGGCUCUCAUGGCCUCCUUUAUGUUCUGAAUGAUUUUUUUUUUUUUUUACUUUGACCGCGUACAAAGUCGGAAACAGCGACCAUAAUUCCGGUCGAUGGUUUUAUCCGCAGUGCCUCAGCCAACCAGCCAGCCGAGGAGCAGAAUGUCAAGGCAGCAGCACCGGGCGCUGUUUAAAGUCACCGACAGCGUGGUGGAGGUUAAGAGCAAAUUUGAAGCAGAAUACCGUCGCUUUGCCUUGAAGAGGAACGGACCAGGUGCCUUCCAGGAAUUUUACCACCUACUCCAAACUAUCCAUCAUAUCCCUGGUGUCGAUGUGCUGUUGGAAUAUGCUGAUGUCCAUGGAGACCUCCUUCCAAUCAACAAUGAUGACAACUUCCACAAAGCUGUCUCAUCAGCCAGUCCUUUGCUCCGCAUUAUCAUAACCAAGAAAGAGGAUGAACCUAUAGUUUUUGCCACCAACUCCCUCCAGAGGCGUAAAAAGGGGCUUGGCUUAACAGGACUGCGCACCGCUGGAUCAGGUUCCACCCACUUAAAGAACAAACCGGGCCUUAUGAUUGGCCUGCCACAGAACUUCAGACAGAUCUCGUCCAUUAUUGAUGUGGACAUCCUACCUGAGACACACCGACGUGUGCGGCUCCACAAGCAUGGCACCCACAAACCACUGGGCUUCUACAUCCGUGAUGGGGUGAGCGUGAGGGUGACACCACAAGGUGUGGAAAAGGUUCCAGGGGUGUUCAUAUCUCGCCUGGUACGUGGUGGGCUCGCAGAAAGCACAGGGCUGCUAGGAGUUAAUGAUGAAAUCCUUGAGGUCAAUGGUAUUGAUGUAGCAGGAAAAUCUUUGGAUCAGGUUACAGACAUGAUGGUGGCCAACAGUCACAACCUCAUUGUGACUGUCAAGCCAGCUAACCAGAGGAACAAUGUUGUGCAUCGUGGGAGUAAAACCUUAGUGGGUAACUGUGGUUCUGUGGGCUCAGCUGGAUCUACGAGCUCUGUUCCAUCACAUAACUCACCAAGCCCUGCUUCUCAGAGCAACCCUAUUUUUGCAAGCAGCAGCAUUGCAGAGGGUGACAGUGAUGAUGAAGAUGAUGAUGGCGACCUCAUUCUGGAGAAUGACAGCCUGACACACUUUGACUCCCAACGGGUAACCUACAGUAACAACACUAACCUCAACAGAGACUCACCUAGCAACAGGCAGCACAAUUCCACUGUGGCUAGGCCCCUUCCACAAAGUGUUUCAUCACCCAAUAGCAGUGGAGCAACCCUGAGUGACAGCUUCAUGAUAAUGUCUAGUCACAACGGAAACCCAGCCCACACAUCUGGUAGCAGUCGAGAAAGCAUGAGAGAGGACGGCAACAUAAUAACACUGUAACCAUGACAUUACUGCACUGUAACAUUGAGGAACCACAAAGUGCUGUAAUCAUGUCAACUACAGGUGGCUGUGCUCCUGUCACAAAGAUAACAAACUGUGGAUGUAGCCUGAAUUUUUGACAGCAGCAUACAGACAGAGGACACAGGCUCCUGCUACCUUCUUACAAUCCACAAGCAGAACAACAUUAACUUUAUAUACGACUGCAACAUAGAUCAUGUAUAGAGCUGAACUGUCAGUAAGGAGAUCAUUUAAAUGCCAUAAUGUAUUGAUCAUAAUGUAAUUGAUCAGUCUGGACAUUAUAGAGGGAAAUAAUUGCAAAUGCUCCUGUAAAUACCAUAUGCAAAUUUUUGAAUGUAUUUCAGAAAUCAUCUGUAUUCUGAAAUUAUCUGUUAAGUGCUACAAAAUCUGCAAACCAAUUGAACUAAUUAGAAACAUCACUUUUAAGUGAAGGAUAGCCGACUCUUUGACAGUAAAUGAAAAAUGGCAUGUAAAAUAAUAGUGGCUCUAUUUUCUUGGUAGCACAACACCAAGCAGUGCUCUGACAGUUUGUUAUGACUUGUCUAUGCCUGGCUGUGUGAUAUUUUGGUGUCCAGCCAGGGGGCAGAGUGAGAGGGGAAGUGGAAUAGUCGUUCAAAUGAGGCAGCACAAAGUGAGUUGUUGGUAUUUUAGUGGAAACUGGUGCUUUGACCUUGAACAUCUCAGACCCAUGUCUGUUUAUAGAGCAAACUAAAAUAAAGUGUGCAGUAGUAAAAGAAUAAUCUUAAAAAUGAACUAUUUAAAAUCAAAUUUUUAUGCAUUUGGUAAUCAGACAACAUUUAUCUAUAAAUGAAAGUAAGUGUUUCCUACAGUAUCUGUUCACAACUGCUCCAUAAAGUUGAAAAGCUUCAUCUUCAAUGUAUUAUAUCCCUGCAGCCAUGGAAAGGCAUGUGGAGACAUUUAUUAUUUAUUGAAGUACUACUCAGGGUUCAGCUGUUUUAGAGCAGUGAAAGCAGUGAUGUGGCUCAGAGCUUAUUUGUAAUAGUUAAGCUUUUUAACCAGAUGAGCUUUCAGACAUUAAUCAUAAUUCAUUUCCUUGGUUUAGUUCAAGGUAAUGAUUAUUUAAUGGUGGUGCAGUGGUUAGCACUGUCACCUCACAUUCAGAGGAUUCCAGGUUCAAAUCCUACCUGGGCCCUUCUGUUCAGAGUUUGCAUGUUCUCCCUGUGCCUGCAUGUUUUUUUUCGGGCUACCAUGACUUCCUUCCACAAUCCCAAAAAUACACACAUUAGGUUUUUUAGCUAAUUUUUAGCUACUCUACACUGUCCCUAGGUGUGAGUGUGUGCGUGUGUGGUUGUCUGUCAGCCCUGUGAUCGAUUAGAGAUCACUCCUGGGUGUACCCCGCCUCUUGCCCAAAGUCAGCUGGGAUAGGCUCCAACCCCCUUUAACCCCAUGGAUAAAGAGGUAUAGAAAAUGGAUGGACGUUUAGUUUUGGAUUUAUAAGAAGCAUAAACAUGAGUUCCCGAUGUCCUCCUCAAUCAAACAAACUCUAAUACACAUCCAUAAAAACACAAGCACACUUUUAACCAUCAGGGAGAAGGGGUCAAAAUGGGGAAAUUCCUGUCAUUCUUGAAUAGUGCAGUGCAGUAGGCCUGUGUAUGUGUGUGUGUGUGCGUCUGUGCAUGUAUGUGGCCAUGUCUUUGUUGUUGUAGCUCUAGGAGUGUUGCCUUACAGUCAGAAAUGUUGACUGACUCAGACACUGCACCCUUUCUUUACUGUCUUCCUCUGUCUCACAUUCUGCUUCCAAUUAAACCAAAAUUUUUGGUCUGUCUGUCAAA